UUCGAAUACUCCAAUUGUCAAAAAAUAUAUAUUCAUUGCUUUCAACUAAUAGCAAUUAGAUUACUGAAUUUGAAAAGCAUGAUGUCAUCAACUAAACGAGGUAAGCCAACGCCGGAGAUUAGCGCCUGUAAGGCAAUCAUAAGAAAUCUUUUCUCCAAGAAGUACAAAAGUUUGGCCUGGGUCUUUUACGAACCGUUAGACGCCGAUUUACUGGGUCUUUAUGAUUAUCAUCUCAUUGUGAAGGAACCCAUGGAUCUGUCGACAAUCAAAUAUCGUCUCAAUUCGAAUUUUUAUUUAAAUGCCAUUGAUUUUGCACGAGAUGUGCGCCUAAUAUUUUAUAAUACGUAUAUAUAUACAGGACCGGGGCAUCUUUGUUAUGAAAUGGCAAAGAAUUUGCAAUUGGUAUUUGAGGAUAUGUACGCGAAGGUGCCGCUGCACGAUAACUCCAACGAGAGCUGCAAUUGGUCAGAUUCUUCCUCCUCAGAUUUGGAUAUCAAGGAAGUUUAUGGAUGCAGCAGUUCACCAAGUCAAUCCAAGGAGGGCAGCGUUACAGUUGUGCCCGAUAACACACAAGCUCGCAACGAAGACUUGGCGUACAAGGAAUGGAAGAAGGAGGAUCACGAGUUACCAAUGACCACAGAAGAGGAUUUGGAGCUGCACAUAAGGGUACAGCAAUUGGAUGGCGUCAUGCUUCUAAACGUUAUACACAUGAUAACCCAAAUGGAAGGUAUUAAUUUUGGGUAUGCCAACAAGGAGCUAGAGUUCGAUGUCCGCAACCUUAAAACGCUCACAAAGCGCGCCAUUUUAGCGUAUAUGGCCAGCAAGGGCAUAACUGGCAAGCGGGUGUCUCGUUUAAAGAAGAGCUACCAAUAAUAUUUAUACUAUAAAUGC